GUUUUCAACUUCCGGAAAUUCAACGAACAGAAAUCGUAAAUAAUAUCUGUUUUUUUUUUCCUUAAUGCUGUAGAUCCUAAGUGAAUAUUCCAACAUGGGGUCGUCUAAGAAACACAAAGAAAAAGAUCGUGAACAUAAAAGAAAACACCGUCAUAGAUCUCGAUCGAGAGAACGGAAGCGACAUAAACACAGUCGAAAAGAUAACAAACCACAUGAAGAUGAACAAGAAGGAUACACUCACGAAGGAUAUGAUGAAAACUAUGAUGAUUACAAUCGAGCACCACUACAAAAAGUACUAGCAGAUGUUGCUGAAGAGACAUCAACAAGUGGUGGAGGUCUGGAAUUGAGCAUAGAAGAAACUAAUCGUAUCCGUGCUAAACUUGGACUGAAACCACUAGAGGUUAAUUAUCCAGCUCUAGUAAAAGCAGACGUAGACGAGGAUGGAAAUGAGGCAGGGGAGGAUGCUCCUUUUGUUACAGAAGAUGGUGACGUACAUAAACCAGCUGUCAACAUUACAGCUAAGAAAGAAACAGACAAAUUCAAAGAGAAAAUGGAUAGAAUGAAGGAAAAACGCAAACAUAGUCAGAAACUAAGUAAAGUUAAGACACUGGGUGAAAGUGAUUCAGGAGAUGAUGCAUCUUCGUGGGUAAAGAAAAGCAGAAAAAUACAGACAGAUAAGGAACUAGCAGCAAAAAGAGCAAAAAUGUUAGAAGAGAUGGAUGCAGAGUUUGGAAUAGGAAAUAUUGUUGAACAGGAAUUUACAAAUAAGUCAAAGGAAUACACAUCUAAGAAUUUAAAAGGACUGAAAGUGCAACAUGAGAUGGGCACAUUUAAAGAAGGAAAGACUGUGAUACUAACAUUACAAGACAAAGGUGUUUUAGAUGAUGAUAAUGCAGAUGUGUUAAUGAAUGUAAAUAUGUUAGAUGAUGAAGCAGCUAAAAAGAAUUUAGAAAAUAAAAAGAAGAAAGUAGAUUAUAAACCGUAUGAUGAAGCAGAAGAAGAUGAAUAUGGAAUGCUCAAACCUAAAGAUAUCCUUGGCAAGUAUGAUGAAGAGAUUGAAGGUGAGAAAAAGAAAUCAUUUGAACUUGGAGCUGGAGGGAAAUAUUCUAAUGAUGAUGAUAGGCAGAUGGACAGAAUUCGACAGCAGUUACGAGAACAAAGUCAAACUCUGUCCCUACCAAGUAUGAUGAUAGCUAGUGAAUAUUAUACACAAGAUGAAGCGGAUGCCAAGUUUAAAAAAAUAAAGAAGAAAAGGAGGAAGAUAAGAGGAAAGGCACUCAAAGCAGAUGAUUUGCUACUGUUAGAUGAGAAUGAGGAAAAUUAUGGUUCAAGGGAUAGAGGUAAAGGUAUAAAAAUAAAAGACGAACCUGUGGAGGAUCAAGAUACAAAUAGUUAUCAGGGUGUAUACCAGACAGGAAUUGCUAAUCCAUUUGAACCUGAUUGGUCCAAACCUCCAGAGAUCAAAAUGGAUAUUGAAGCCUUAAAAGAAGAGGAAAUAGAUCCUACGGAAUUAUUGGAGCCAGAUGAAGAUUUAACAGGUGUUAAUAUAGAGGAAGAUGAAGUCCAAAAUGAAUUACACUCAGCACUUACCAAAGCUCGUAAAGUUAAUCUGAAACGAAAGAAACCUCCAACUUUACAGUUAGCAGAACAGAUUAAAUCUAAAGAAGAACCCAUGGAGAUGUCUCCAACAAAGAAAGGUGCACUGAACAUAAUAUUGAAUGCAACUUCAGAAUUCUGUCGAUCUCUGGGAGAUAUUCCUACUUAUGGACAGGCUGGUAAUAGAGAGGAAGAUAAAGAUGAAUUGGUGGACUUAGAACGAGAACUCGCUGAAGAAAGAUUACGUAAACAGGAAGAGGAUGAUCAGUCAGGUUGGAACAGAGUGGAAAUCGACCAGACACCUGUGGAUUUAUCAAACACAUCAGAGAAAACAGCACUGGAUGAUGAACCUGUGGUGGGUACAGGGGUAGGAGCAGCUUUACAGUUAGCUAAUAAAAAAGGUUACAUAGAAAAAGAUGAGAAAAAACCUCGCCCUGAAGUAAAAGAUGCUGAGGAUUUGUCAGCUCAGAAUUAUUCUAUUGAGGACAAAAGAUAUGAUGAUCUAGACGAAAAAUUUAGAAAAAGAGAUAGAUAUGGUGGCAGUGGUAUUAUUACUGAUUUCAAAGAAAAGGAUACUUAUAAGCCUUCUUUUAAAUUGGAAUAUGUUGAUGAUGCUGGGCGACAUAUGAACCAGAAAGAGGCUUUUAGACAGCUGUCACAUCGUUUCCAUGGAAAAGGUUCAGGAAAGAAAAAGACAGAGAAAAGACAGAAAAAAGUUGAAGAAGAACAGUUAAUGAAACAGAUGAGUUCAACAGACACACCACUUGGUACACUGAAUAUGUUAAAAGAAAAGCAGAAAUCAGAAAAAUCUGCUUAUAUUCUUCUGUCAGGGAACAAAGGACUAACAGGAGCUAACAUUGCCAAAUCCAAAUGAGUGCGAUAGAAAAGAUUUUAUGGUUGUCUAUGAACAGUAGCAUUUCACAAUGAAUGAUAGACAUGUAAAAAAUGUCCACUGGAAAAUGUCAUUCAUAAUAUUUUGUGAAAUCCUUUCAAUCUCAAGGUAUCACUACAUGGAAACUUUAAUAGUGUUCAAAUACCUUACAAAUAAAAAAAGUUGUGAUAGAAUUCCUGCAUAGAACAGAUAGUAUAAAUAUCGAAAAGAUCUCUUGAUAAAUGUGUUAUUAAUGAUAUGUUAUUAAUUAACAAUAAAUAUGAAUUUAUAGCA